GGCUGGCUUGUCUUUCUGAGUCCCAGGAGAAACCGAAGGAGCUCCCCGCCAUGGAAACCCCUGGGGAGCCAGGAGCAGGCCCUCUUGGAGCCCCCAGCCCAUCCAACUUCGCACCUGGGCACCUGGAGAGAGAAAAGCCAGCACAGGACCCGCUGUACGAUGUGCCCGAUGCCAGCGGGGGGCAGACAGGUGGGCCCCAGCGGCCAGCGCGCACGGUGAGCCUGCGGGAGCGCUUGCUGCUCACACGGCCCGUGUGGCUGCAGCUGCGGGCCAACGCGGCCGCCGCACUGCAUGUGCUGAGGACGGAACCCCCAGGGACAUUCCUGGUGCGGAGGUCUAACACGCGCCAGUGCCAAGCUCUGUGCGUGCGGCUGCCCGAGGCCAGCGGCCCCUCCUUCGUCUCCAGCCACUAUAUCCAGGAAAGCCCUGGGGGAAUCUCCUUGGAGGGAUCUGAGCUCGUCUUCCCGGACCUGGUCCAGCUCAUAUGCUCCUACUGCCACACCCGGGACAUCCUUCUCCUCCAGCUGCAGCUCCCCAGAGCUAUCCGCCAGGCAGCCACCCAGAAGGAGCUGGAAGCCAUCUCCCAUCUGGGCAUUGAGUUCUGGAGCUCCUCCCUCAACACCAAGGCUCUGCCGGGCCCGUCCGAAGGCCCACUGCUGCCCCGGCUGAAGCCCCGGUCCCCACAAGAGCUGGACCAGGGCACUGGAGCCGCCCUGUGCUUCUUCAAUCCCCUGUUCCCGGGGGACCUGGGCCCCACCAAGCGGGAGAAAUUCAAGAGGAGUUUAAAAGUGCGCGUGUCCACAGAGACCUCCAGUCCCCUGUCUCCACCUGCUGUGCCUCCUCCCCCUGUCCCAGUGCUGCCAGGAGCAGCCCCCAACCAGACAGAAACGUUGCCCCCUCGCCAGCUGCUGCAGAGGGAGAGCUCAGUGGGGUACCGUGUGCCAGGGGGUGCCAGCCCCAGCCUCCCGCCCCUGCCCUCCCUCCAGGAGGUGGACUGUGGCUCCCCUAGCAGCUCAGAGGAGGAGGGGCUGCAGAGGCCCCAGGGGAGUACAGCGACCUCACCCCGCCAGGGCCGCCGCCGGCGGCCUUUGCUCCGGUCUGUGAGCACUGCCUUCUGCUCUCUGCUGGCGCCUGAGCGGCUGGUGGGCCGGGCAGCCAGUGCACUCAUGCAGGACCGCCACACGGCCGUGGGCCAGCUAGUGCAGGACCUACUGACCCAGGUGAGGGCCGGCCCCGAGCCCCAGGAGCUGCAGGGUGUCCGUGAGGCCCUGAGCCUGGCCCGAGCCAUGCUGAGCGCGGAGCUGGGCCCUGAGAAGCUGCUGCCACCCAAUAGGCUGGAACACGUCCUGGAGAAGUCACUGCAUCGCUCGGUACUCAAGCCUCUCCGGCCCAUCCUGGUGGCCCGUCUGAGGUGCCGGCUUUCUGCCGACGGCUCUCUGGGCCGUCUGGCUGAAGGCCUCCGCCUGGCCCGGGCCCAAGGUCCCGGAGCCUUCGGGUCCCACUGGAACCUGCCCUCCCCGGUAGAGGUGGAGCCGGUACGCCAGAAGCUGCUCCAGCUGCUCCACGCCUACUCACCCAGUGCCCAGGUCAAGUGGCUGCUGCAGGCCUGCAAGCUGCUCUACACAGCCCUGAGGACCCACUGGGGAGAGGGUGCGGGGGCCGACGAGUUUCUCCCACUGCUGAGCCUGGUCCUGGCCCAGUGUGACCUUCCCGAGCUGCUGUUGGAGGCCGAGUACAUGUCAGAGCUGCUGGAGCCCACCCUGCUCACCGGAGAGGGGGGCUACUACCUGACCAGCCUCUCGGCCAGCCUGGCCCUGCUGAGUGGCCUGGGCCAGGCCCAUGCCCUCCCCCUGAGCCCCUCACAGGAGCUGCAGCGCUCCCUCAGCCUCUGGGAGCAGCGCCGCCUGCCCACCACCCACAACUGCCAGCACCUCCUCCGAGUAGCCUAUCAGGACCCCAGCAGUGGCUGCACCUCCAAGACCUUGGCCAUUCCCUCAGGGGCCUCGAUUGCCACCCUGAACCAGCUCUGUGCCACCAAGUUCCGAGUGACCCAGCCUGACACUUUUGGUCUGUUCCUGUACAAGGAGCAGGGCUACCACCGCCUGUCCCCCGGAGCCCUGGCCCACGGGCUUCCCACAACUGGCUACCUGGUCUACCGCAAGGCUGACUGGCCUGAAACCCCAGGGGCCUCUCCCAGGGCCUCCACAGAGAAGGACAGCAGGGAGCCACAGGCAGAGGGCGAGGAGGAGGAGAAAGGGAGCUGGGGAGAUGGGGACAUCGACGUCAAAGCCAGCCCCAAGGACAGCAGAGGAGAGUCUGAGACAAUUGCUGAGCAGGACGAGGGCCCAGCUAGGGGAGGCCCUGCUCAGCCAGAGGAACCAGAGGCGGAGGGAAGCCGGGUAGCUGAGGAAUAACUGGAAGUGGCCAGAAGGCUUAUUUCGGCAGAAAAUUCUGAGCCUGCUGGGAAUGCCUUUCAGAGCCAUCAGCCCCCCUGACCAAGGCCACGGCCACCCUAGCCUUGUCCACCCCUGGCUGCUCCUGUGUCUGCCACCUCCUGUGUGGUAUUGAUCUCUACGACCAUACCUGCUGGGGGAGUGCCUGGACUGGCCUCAUCUGGGGCGCUGCAGGAAAGUCGAGGGGGCUUGGGAGACACCAGAUCAAAGGCCCUUUGCCUCUCAUCCUUCUCCCCGGCUAGAGGCCAGCCACCCUGCGGGGGUGAGUGUGCCCAACCGCUGGCCCCGGGGCAGGGGCACAGCCCAGGGCAGGGCCACUGCCCAGGCAGCCCCUCCAGGCUGGAGGCUUCGAGGCCCUGUAAGACUCCACCCAUUCCUGGGUGUCAGGAGAAUUCAGGAAGGCAGCAAGGGCCCAGUUCUCCACACCACCUAGGGGACUAGCACCUCCAAACCUUAGUGCCCUCACCUGUAAAGUGGGGGUACAGUGCCACACUGCCUUCUCUCAGAAGUCUUCUGGGGGUCAAAAUGGAUGGUUUUGCUGCAAAGUAGAGCUCAGGCUGGGGGGAAGGGGAGGAAAGGAGGUGGGAUAUUAGCAUUACCCCCCAGACCCCCAAGGGUUGUUGUCCGCACUUGCCAGUGGGUGAUG